GGAUAUGCUCGAGGCUGGUUUAUGAGCGCGCACGUCGUGACCUCCUCGCAGCGCCCAGAGCUUUGCGAGGGGAGGGGAGCCGCAGCGGCAGGGGCGCCUUCGUUUUUCCUACCAGGGGCGCCCGCGGUGUUCCGCUGGGGCAGCCUGCAGUACCGCGUGAGGCGCGUUGGGCGAGGGACGACUCCGACGGUCACCGAUGAAUGGAACGCCGCAUCGCAUCCGCUGACACGGCGCCCGCUGCUUCAGGUGUGA